CUCGUGCCCUAAGCCUCCUGGGAUAGGCUCCAGGUCCCCAUCACCCUGAAUACAGGAUAAAGCAGGCAACUGAAGUGAAGAGCCAUGGUCAUAAGAAGUAUAAAAGCUGAUCCUCGAUCAGCUGCACUCUUGAGAUAUUAGGAAAAGGUCGGCUUGGUUUAAAGAGUCGUUGGCUAAGCCAGAAUCAGGAAGCCAGGGUCUGGGUGUGAAGCCUUAAAAGAAGGGGGUGGAGCUAAGAUGUCAAUCAGGCAGGCAGAAGGCGUGUCCAUCAUGCAGGCUUUAGCCAUGACCGUGGCUGAGAUACCUGUUUUCCUGUACUCUACGUUUGGGCAGUCAGUUUUCUCCCAGCUGAGGCUGAGCCCGAGCCUGAAGAAGGUGCUUUUUGCGACAGCACUGGGCUCUGUGGCCCUAGCACUCACAGCGCACCACCUGAAAAGACGCAGCAGGAAGAGAAAGCAGGUAGCGGAGAAGGCGGCGCCGAAGGCGGUAAAGAAAGCUCCGUUACUGGGGCGACAGAUGAUGAGCCCGAGUACUCGCAGCAAUGACACCAUGAGUGGAAUCUCCUCACUAGCUGCAAGCAAACACUCGAGCUCUUCACACACAUCUACACGAAUCCCUACAUCUCCCAACCAAUCAGCUGCCGCAGCAACACCGUGGGAGGCGGAGCCUGUGGCUGAGGAGCCAGGGGCAUUUGAAGACGCAAAUGCAGAAAGCUUGUACCUCAUGGGUAUGGAGCUGUUUGAGGAAGCGUUACAGAAAUGGGAGCAAGCGCUGAACGUCAGACACCAGACUCCGUCCAACUCCUCUGUUGCUAACAGCCUUGCUCGACAGGGGGCAGCACCCACGCCAGAAGCUCAUACUCCAAAAUUCGCCGAAAAGCUGGAGUCCCUUCUGCACCGGGCUUAUCAUUUGCAAGAAGAUUUUGGCAGCACAAUACCAGCAGAGAGCCUGCUAGCUGACCUUGAAAGUGAAGGCACCUUAAUUCUGCCCCUUGUGAAAAGCUCCAACAGGCUUCAGGAGGUUGACGCCAUGACCAUCACCUCAGACGACUCCUUUUUCUCUGCAGCUGAGCUGUUCGACACGUUCACGUCCGAUGAGGUGUAUCAGACGCUAAAGCCUGCGGCUCUGUAUGAAGAGGCGCUGAGUUUAGUGAGAGAAGGCAAAGUGGAAUGCAGAUCACUCAGAACAGAGUUGCUGGAGUGUUACAGUGAUCAGGACUUCCUCGCUAAGCUGCACUGUGUCCGUCAGGCUUUCCACGUGUUACUGAUCGAUGAGACUCAUAAGACUUUCUUCAUGGAAACGGGCAAACAGAUGAUCACCGGACUCUUGAACAAAGCCAACAAGAGUCCAAAGGCAUUUUUGGAGAGCUACCAGGACAUGUUGCUGUAUACUCAACGAGAGGAGACAUGGCCAACCACUCAGAUGGAACUGGAAGGACGAGGGGUGAUCUGUAUGAACUUCUUCGACAUCGUGUUGGACUUCAUCCUCAUGGAUGCCUUUGAGGACCUGGAGAACCCGCCCACCUCUGUAGUCGCUGUCUUGCGCAACAGAUGGCUCUCGGACAGUUUUAAAGAGACGGCUCUAGCUACAGCGUGCUGGUCUGUGCUGAAAGCCAAAAGAAGAUUACUGAUGGUUCCAGAUGGGUUCAUAUCUCAUUUCUAUGCCAUCUCGGAGCAUGUGAGUCCUGUUCUGGCGUUUGGCUUCCUGGGUCCCAGACAGAAUCUGACUGAAGUGUGCAAUAUCUUCAAGCAACAAAUUGUGCAGUACUUGAAGGACAUGUUUGACCACGACAAAGUGCGCUUCACAUCAACUCAGUCGCUAGCUGAAGAUAUUUUGAGUUUGUCUCACAGACGCACCGACAUCCUGCUGGGCUACCUGGGCAUCGACAGUCUGCCGGAAGCUAACGGGGCACUGCCUGCUAGCACAGACGAACAAGAUUGAUGAUACUACACAUGGAAGUUUCUGUAAAAGACACAUAUAGAACAUUUUUAAUUCGAGAUCCAGAGGCUCAUCUAUGUUUAUUAUGAUUAGGUGACUGAAAUAUAAAUAACCCCAGCAGAACCGAGCAUAAUGGACCCGUGGCAUUUUCAAGAACAGAUUCAGUCUUAUUGUGUCUCUUAGGAAAUCGGCACUCGGUCUGGAUUCUGUGACUCAAAUAGCGGUUGGUAGUACCUCCUUGUUUCGUUGCUGCGCCAGGCAGAUUGGAUCGAUCCACAACUUGCCGCACGACUAAGUGGAGUUUCUGAAGAUUAAUGUUUCUGUAGGAGCCUGAUUGACAAAAACGUGUAAAUGAAAUGACGUCCAGAUCUACAAUGUACAGUUGAACAUGUUCACAUCUCUGCAGGAUGUUCUGUAGUGUCUCUGUUGGCUUGACUUAAAUAUUCCAUUCGAAAUUUUAGAUCAUGACUGUAAAUGCCAACUUGGGUCACAUUUAUCUGACAGAAGGGUGGAAUAUUAAGAAUUCAUCUGUCAUAUCUCCAUGUAUCUCCUUCGACAUGAUUCAGGUACACAGUCUGGAUACAUCACAGAGAAUCGCUGCUUUUUUUCAAUCUUAUUUAAUCCCACCACCAGCACCACUGAAGAAACAUGAUCUAAAACACCACUGAUUCCAAAAUAACACUAAACUAUUUUAGGUAUUCUAGGUUGUGUUCGCUGCUGGGGUACAUAUAUGGGGAUAUUUUUUUUGGUGUAUGCCUAUCUUGUAAGAAAAAGUAGUGGAAUGCAUAGAAUGUAUGCAUAUGUACUGUACAGCGCGUAUUUAUACUGUAUGUACUCCCGAAAGUCGGAGGCGUAUUGUGGGCCAGCCAGAUUGAGAUUUUAAGCAGGUGGGUAUUAUGCUCAAGAUCAGCAGUGUAAUUUGUGUAAUUGUAACUUGUGGACAGGUUAUAAUUAUCAUUCAGGACAGUUAAACGGGUAUUUGGGCCACUGGAGAAUGUCAAGUGUGUUGGUUAACACUUGGUUCCAUUUAAAGUCCAUUUAAAAAUUAUAAUAAAUUCCCAAUAUAUAUAGUUAUACGUCAGUUCAGUUAUGUUAGGGUAAUGUUUCCCCAAUCCUGCUCGUAUAAUUCCCAGUGUACUGCUGAUUUACUUUUUUUGUGUUCAUUUGCUGCUUUUUUUAACUACUGCAGGAUAAAUAUACAUACCAUACGAGUUACAAUGCUAUUUUUAACUCGACCUUAUCAACAUUAAUUUUUUUAAUGACUCAUGACAUGUGUAUUCGUUAUGUUGCACAAUUGGAGGAGUGUGCGCUGGCAAAUUUUUCCUGCUGCAGCAGUUUCCUUAAGUAUUUUCCACAUUUUUUACAAGUCCUUGGCUUUUAUGAGGACUGCUUCAUAAAGAGGUGUUUAAUGAUGUAAUGAAGCUACGUAUGCUAUUGUGGAUAUAGAGGAGUCUCGUUGAAUUUAAGCUUAAAAUAUAGUACAGAUAGGAAAGUGCGGAUGUUUUGGAGGAAACGAAGGUGGGAUGUUGAUAGUGGUGUGUUAAAAACAGCUGAAAUGAUUCUUUUUAUUAUUAGGAAAACUUUACUUUAUUUACUGUUUAUGCACUUUACCGUUUAAACAGUUAGGACAAAUCCGACAAUAACUAUCAAAAAUUUUGAUUAGUAAAAUAGGGCUUUUAUUUUUAAGGUGUAUUUACAUUCUUGGAAGUUGAAUGCUGAAGGCAAAAUAAUGUAGUAAAGUGCCAAAACCAUAAUUGGCCAACAUUUACAAGUAAAAAGGAAUUUAUUUAGUACACACCUAAUAAGUGAUCACUAUUCAAAGUUGCAUCAUUUGUGCCUGUGUUCUGUAAGAUUUUUUUACUAUAUCUGUUCAUUUUGUUUGUGUUUGUAUAUGGAAAAACCUUCAUGUAAGAGAUUUUGACAAUUUCUGCUCAAGUUCUAAAAAAUAUACAGACUUGUAAAAUACUAUUUAAAAUUCUUAAGCCACACCUGAUUUCUUCUAAGCCGUUGUCACACAUACAUUAAAGUAAAAAAGUUUUUUCAACUAUCCCAGGUGGAAAGCAGGGAUCAAAGUGCAGUGUCACCCAUGAUAUGGCAUCCUUGGAGCAGACAAGCUAAAGGGCCUUGCUUAUGGGCCCAACAGUGGCAACUUGUUCCACCAAACUUUUGAUCAGAAGCCCCGAGCUAUAACUCACUGAGCUAACACUGCCCUAGUUACGUAUGUUAAUUAAAUACAUGGGAACAAAUGUUUUACAGUGACGGGCUGCAAAGUGCCUAAAGAUGCAAUUUAAAAAUUUGGUUGUUCAUGUAACAACCUUGACAGCAACCUCAUUUACCCUCUCGUCUCGUCUAACCACUCAGCAUUCAGCCUUACCACUAUACUAAUUACUGACCUGAUUAACUUGUUCCUACCUAAGGUUAGGUAUAUUUUUAAUGCUUAAUUAAUUUAUAGGUCACUGUGUGGCUUAACAAAAAAAAACAUUCCUCUGAAACUGUUCAAGUAAAGAAACCGGACUGAAAAUUAAAGCAAAAAAAGUCUUUCAAUAAACCUGGAGAACUAUUUUUCAAGACUACAUUAAAAUGCAGAAAAGUCUGGUGUUUUGGAAGCCAAAUAUGAAGCAAUAAGUUGUGGCUCAAGACUUUUGCGCAGAACUACAGUAGAUAUGAACUAAACUGUUUCACUUUUCCAUGUUACUCAACCAGAAUUCAAUUUAUUUAUCCUAAAAGUAAAAUGAAAUUAAGAAAAUUGAUUUGAAACAUUUAAUCCCAACUGUCGCAUCCACAGGGCUUUCCAAAGUGUAUAUCAAUUAUCCGCGGUUCACACUAGCAAGCGACAAUUCUCUCGGGUUACUUGUAUAGUAGUUUGUCUCUUGUGAGCAAAGGCUUGUGCAUGUGUCCUGCCUUUCUUUGUAUUUUUUAAGAAAGAAAUACUAUUCAAAAUCUUGAUGUGAAGCUACAGCCCAAUGUAUGAUUUGCACACACACACCGCUUUUUUCUGUUUAGAAUGUCUCAGUUUAAUGUGUUAUGUGCUAUGCUUCAUACCUUUU